AACUAGGACUAUUAAUGCUUCUGUCACCCCAACUGUACCUCAACAAUACUCCAUUAAUGCCUCCCCCAUCUUCAAAUUUUAUUCAGAACUUUAUUUUAACCAAAACCCAAAACCAUAGCUUUAUUUUUCUCACCCUCAUUGCACUUCUAGUGAGGAGGAAAAUUACAAUGCCGGCUCUGCUCUUGUAGUUUCCGCUCUCAAGUUUCUGCUGCAUUUGGGUAGGAAAGAAGGAAAUCUUGAUUGCUGGGUCUGAAAAUCGGAGUGAUCAAGGUGCUAUUUAUUUGGAAGAAAGAGAUUACAAAUUUGAAGCAAAAGUGUGCAUUGGGAGAGUUUUCUUUGUAAUUGUUGUUGGUAGUGAUUUACUCGAAUAAUGAAGAUGGUGGGGAGCAUUGAGGCUGAGAAUGGAAGUUUGCACUCAAAUGGGUCUGUUCAGAAUUUCAAUGGUUUGGAAGAGAAGCUUGAUGAGCUGCGGCGCAUUGUAGGCAAGGCUGAUGGUGAUCCAUUGAGAAUUGUCGGUGUUGGGGCAGGUGCUUGGGGUAGUGUUUUUGCAGCUGUUUUGCAAGAUAGCUAUGGUCAGUUUCGAGACAAGAUUCAAAUAAGGAUAUGGAGAAGAGCAGGAAGGGCUGUGGAUAGAGCCACAGCUGAACAUCUUUUUGAAGUGAUCAAUUCAAGGGAGGAUGUGUUGAGGAGGCUGAUCAGGCGCUGCGCGUAUUUGAAAUAUGUGGAGGCAAGGCUAGGGGACCGGACACUUUAUGCAGAUGAGAUUUUGAAAGAUGGGUUUUGUUUGAACAUGAUUGAUACACCACUUUGUCAUUUGAAGGUGGUGACCAAUUUGCAGGAGGCUGUCUGGGAUGCCGAUAUCGUGGUAAACGGCUUGCCUUCAACUGAAACAAAAGAGGUGUUUGAAGAGAUUAGUAAUUAUUGGAAGGAAAGAAUCACAGAUCCCAUUAUCAUCUCUUUGGCCAAAGGUAUUGAGGCUGCACUCAAGCCUCUUCCACAUAUUAUAACUCCCACGCAGAUUAUUUACCGCGCAACUGGAAUCCCUCUGGAGAACAUACUUUAUCUGGGUGGACCAAAUAUUGCCUCGGAGAUUUACAACAAGGAAUAUGCAAAUGCUCGAAUUUGUGGAGCUGAGAAGUGGAGAAAACCUCUGGCCAAGUUUUUAAGGCAACCCCAUUUUAUUGUCUGGGACAAUAGCGACCUUGUUACGCAUGAAGUCAUGGGUGGUUUAAAGAAUGUAUAUGCCAUUGGAGCAGGGAUGGUAGCAGCCCUCACAAAGGAGAGUGCUACCAGCAAGUCUGUAUACUUUGCACAUUGUACGUCGGAGAUGAUAUUUAUUACUCAUUUGCUGGCUGAAGAGCCUGAGAAGCUUGCGGGGCCUUUGCUGGCUGACACAUAUGUUACCUUACUGAAAGGAAGAAAUGCGUGGUAUGGGCAAAUGUUAGCCAAAGGUGAAAUCAACCGGGAUAUGGGUGAGAACAUCAGAGGAAAAGGAAUGAUUCAGGGUGUCUCUGCAGUCCAAGCAUUUUAUGAACUUCUCAGUCAAUCGAGCCUGAAUGUGUUGCAUCCUGAAGAAAACAAGCCUGUCGCUCCAGUAGAGCUCUGCCCUAUCUUGAAGACACUAUAUAAAAUAUUGAUAACAAGGGAGCAAUCAUCACAAGCUAUUCUUCAAGCAUUGAGGGAUGAGAAUUUAAAUGAUCCAAGGGAACGCAUUGAGAUUGCGCAGAGCCAUGUCUUCUAUAGGCCUUCACUUCUGGGGCAGCCUCUGAAUAAUUUGAAAGUGCAAGAGAAAGUGGUAACAUAACUCUGGAAGCAUCAAGUAAUGGCAUUCUUGGACUGCAUUGGCAAAAAUUAAAUAAGCACGCUGCUCUGGAAGUUUAUGUUUAAUAUAACAAUAUAUACAUGAAUUGGAUAUUUUUAGCUUAUGCUUCAUAUGAUAGGUAUAAUCUGUAUAUAUGAGUUAAUGUAAUGUAAGUUCUGCUGAAACAAGGUUUCCCUGAGUUUGUCAAUGCAAAGUUUUACUGAUAUUCAAGUA